CCACAACCAUCACACUACUUACUUACCCAAGUCAAUCCUUUCGUUUCCACCCAGGUCACUACCACCACCACCACCACCACCACCACCAGAAUAAUGCACGACCUCGAAACCCUCAACACCGGCGGCUACGCCUCCACCACCCACCUAAAACUCACCUGCCCGCUCCCCUCGGGCCUGCCCCCCGCCAUCCUCACUCUCGGCGCCACCCUCACGCGCCUCGACCUUUCCGGAACCGGCCUCUCCUCCCUCCCCUCCGAAUUCGGCACCUCUCUACCCAACCUGCGCAUCCUUUUUCUCUCUUCCAACAACUUUUCCACUUUUCCCUCCGUCCUGGCACAAUGCCCUUCCCUGGAGAUGAUCGCCUUUCGCUCCAACAGAAUGACUUCCAUCCCGGAAGGUUCCUUGCCGACCAAAACACUCAGGUGGUUGAUCCUGACAGAUAACCAGAUCUCCACCCUACCCGAGGACCUAGGCAAGUGCGAGAAGUUGGAAAAGUGCAUGUUAGCUGGGAACCAGCUAUCGAGCUUGCCAGAGUCUAUGGCCACGGGAUGCAAGAACCUGGCGCUGCUAAGGUUGAGCGCAAAUCGAUUCGAGACGCUUCCAGAGUGGUUGUUUGACUUGCCCAAGCUGGCGUUCUUGUCGUUUGCGGGGAAUCCUUGUGUCGAGAAGCAAACGGCCGCAGCGACAGCCAAGGCGGGGACGAGGUUUGAUCUGGAAAAGAUCGAGUGGGAGAACUUGGAAGUGCAGGAGACGCUGGGCGAGGGGGCGUCGGGGGUGAUUUCUAGGGGGUUGUGGAAGCAGAGCGCCGAGUAUGCCGAGGAGGUGGCGAUCAAGGUUUUCAAGGGCGGCGUGACGAGCGAUGGGACGCCCAGGGAUGAGAUGGCGGCGGUGCUGGCGGCGGGGUUUCAUGAGGGGUUGAUUACGGUCUUGGGGAAGGUGGUUGGGCAUCCUGAUGAGGUUGUUGAGGGUGCUGUUGCUGCUGAAGGGGAGGAGAAGAAGUUCCAGGGAGGGAUCGUGAUGCAGUUGAUUCCAGAGUACUACGCGGCUUUGGGGCUGCCGCCUUCUUUCGAUACCUGCAGCCGCGACUGCUUCCCCGAGGAUGCCUCGCUGAGCGCGGCGGAGGUGCUGGGCAUGUUGACGGGCAUUGCUGGAGCGGCUGCUCAUCUUCAUCAGAGGGGAAUUGCGCAUGGAGAUUUGUAUGCGCACAACAUCCUGGCGAGCAAGGCGGACAGACAUGCCUUGCUGGGAGAUUUUGGUGCUGCUACAAUCUAUGGCACGGACGAGGAGGUCUAUGCUGGCAUGGAGAAGUUGGAAGUGUUGGCUUUUGCGCAUCUGUUGGAGGAUGUGCUUGGUUUGAUCAGGAGGGAGAAGGAGAAGAACGAACUCACAGAAGAGGAAGAGGAGGCCAUCGUUCAAGGGCUGGAGAAACUGCAGAAGCAGUGCGCUGACCCUCGAGUUAACUCGCGCCCGUCGUUUGAGGACAUUGCGGUGGAGUUGGAGGACUUGGUUGGCUUCCGGGGUAUGAUGCGGAUUCCGAUUCCCAAC